GAGCUUGUGUGUAUGUAUGAAGCGAUGAAGAGAAAGAAUCACCAAUCAGCAGCAGCUAUCGGCAGUUGAGGGCUGGUCUUCUCCCUCGUUCCGUGGCUUGGUGGGUCGCUGGCUGGCCCGCUCAUUUCCUCAACUCUAGAGGAGCUUGUCUUCAUCGAGGGUGCGUUCCUUCUCCAGCCAGCCGGCUGGAUAUCGACUCCAAGUGCUCCCCCUAUCGGUUGCUGCCUUUUAAGUGAAGUUCAUUCACCUUUCUCGAAACCCCUACACCUUGGAGUUCAGUAAAGAACAUUUUUUGGGUGUUUAGUCAAUGCUACCAUACAACAGUGUGUUCAGUGCCAUCGUGAUAAAACUCAUUCAAAUGAAGACUUGAUUCGAAAAUCAAGUCUUUUCUAUGAAAGAGCAAAUAUGAGCCUCUUUCAUAACCUCAAGUUGAAAAGGCGUAAAAUCGACUCUCAAUCAAGUAGCGAUGGAGAAGGAGGCGAGGGAAACGAUGUUGAUAUCUCAUUAAGUGAUGUUCAUUUCUCGAGGCAUCGGCCUGACGCCGUCACCUCAAGCCAAUCACAUACUUGUAACGGAAAGUUUGAACAACCAUCUUCUUCAAGUGCCAGUCCGGAAAGAAAUCCGAGUGUUGCCUUAAAGUACUCUCCUCAAGAUAUUCCCAAUGUUCUCAUGAAAGACAACGAUGGAGUCAAAACAAUGAUCUGGACCAACCUCCGGAAGUCUUUGCCGCCUAGUCGAGGCUUCGACCAAUCAAAGCAAAAUCAACUGCCUCAUCACCUGCCCCAUAUGAUUGCAAACACCUCCGCCUCUACCACUUCUUUGGCCGUUGCUUCUCAUUCGUAUCUCUCUGAGGGAAAUUGCGACAAUGGGAUCGGGAGCCACAUCGACUUGGGACCAAACGAACAACAAGCAUUGAAAAUGUCAAAUGCGGUGGAUGGACUCCUAAGUUUGCAAUCCGGAAGUCCUAUGACACGAUUUUCUCAAGAAGUGCCCCAAUCAACGUCACAAACCUCAUUGUCCGGGGAUAUUAGAGGAAAUCCACCUGGUUAUUCCAGAGGGCUACCAAUCAACAUGGAGAAACUCUGGGAAGGUGAUAAAUCUCAAUUACCAUCUCAAACUCCCAACAAAUCAGAGGAAACAGAUGGAAAAGUGGGGCCAACAGAGGAGGACGAACCUUUAAUUUGCAUGAUUUGCGAGGACAAGGCAACCGGUUUGCAUUAUGGAAUAAUAACAUGUGAAGGGUGCAAAGGCUUUUUCAAGAGGACAGUUCAAAAUAAGCGUAUUUACAACUGCGUUGCUGAGGGCAGUUGUGAAAUUAAUAAAGCCCAAAGGAACAGAUGUCAAUAUUGUAGAUUCCAAAAAUGCCUUCAUAAAGGCAUGGUUCUAGCAGCUGUGAGAGAAGAUAGAAUGCCUGGAGGGAGAAAUUCUGGUGCUGUUUAUAAUCUGUAUAAGGUGAAAUAUAAAAAGCACAAGAAAACCUCACCAGGCAGAUCAGACGUAUAUGGAAACAAACCUGUCAAUGAUUUGGAAGUUACACAAUUCAGCAACCACUCACAGAACAUUAACAUCUUAAGAGCAGCUUUAACCGGAAAUGUGGAGAUAUCUUCUCAUUAUAAAUCCAUACUUGGCCGAUGUCAUAACCAUGUUAAUGAUCAGGAAAAUAUACACCUGAUCAAUGAUCUGAUUGCCUGUGACGAAUUUGAGGAUAUGGCAACAUUAAAGAAUAUUGGGGAGCUACUGAACCAGAAUACAUCCGACCUUCAACAAAAACUGUGUCAGAUUGGAGAUUCCAUUGUUUAUAAAUUAGUAGAAUGGACAAGACGGUUGCCAUUUUACAAAGAAUUGCCAGUGGAUAUUCAUACCAAACUUCUCACUCAUAAGUGGCAUGAAUUAUUAGUUUUAACUACUUCAGCUUACCAAGCAAUUCAUGGUUCAAGAAGGAUGGGAACUAUUAGAACUGACGGCGAAAAAGCCGAACUUCAUCAAGAGGUUUCAACCAACUUGGUUACGUUGCAAACUUGCCUGACUUCAAUGAUGGGAAAGCCUAUCACAAUGGACCAACUGAGGCAAGACGUCGGAAAUAUGGUAGAAAAAAUCACCAAAGUAAUUGCAUUGUUUCGACAAUGCAAAUUGAAAAUGGAAGAAUACGUUUGCUUAAAAGUCAUUGCGAUGGUUGCAACUGCAGAUAAUCCAUCUCCAUCUCUGGUAACAAUACAUAAUCGAUACUUGGCGUGCUUGAAGGCUUUUGCUCAUCAGCAUCACCCCCAAGAACCAAACAGAGUUGAAAAUCUUCUAGUCAGACUGCCCGAGGUCAGAGUUGCUGCCGGACUUUUGCUGGAGAGCAAGAUGUUUUAUGUGCCAUUCUUGUUAAAUUCCUCAAUUGGCAACUAGCAUCGUGCUUAUUGCUACCUUCAAGAAAUCCCACUGCCCGUUUUUUACUUCGUUUUUAUUAUGCAAAGUUAUUGUUACAAGUUUUAGAUACGUCGAUGACAACAGUUGUUUUAUACAUUUCUACGUGAUUUAACGCGAGAAUAAAUUUCAUUACACUCCGAA